UUGUGUCUUCAACCUGUGCCAGUCAUGUCUGGAAGAGGGAAGGGCGGGAAAGGCUUAGGCAAAGGUGGUGCUAAGCGCCACCGCAAAGUCCUGCGAGACAACAUCCAAGGCAUCACCAAGCCUGCCAUCCGGCGUCUUGCUCGGCGUGGAGGAGUCAAGCGGAUUUCGGGCCUCAUCUACGAGGAGACCCGGGGUGUGUUGAAGGUGUUCCUGGAGAACGUCAUUCGGGACGCGGUCACCUACACGGAGCACGCCAAGCGCAAGACGGUCACCGCCAUGGAUGUGGUCUACGCCCUCAAGCGCCAGGGACGCACCCUCUACGGCUUCGGAGGCUAAGCUGCCGCUCCAGUUUCACGUGUGAUGACCCCAAAGGCCCUUUUUAGGGCCAACCAAACACUCGUCAGAGGAGCUGGACACUUGUGUCAAGUGUAGCGGCCACAAAACGGGAAGGGAAGUUUGCAUUUGGGAGCCGGCUGCGGUCAGGUCAGGAAUUGGCGAGAGGAAGUGAUGCCCAAAACGUUUGCCUAAAGCUGCCUCACUUGUCUGCCUCCCUUUUUGUUGACCAACCGGAGAGGUUGAUGUGCUCCAGAUGAGACAUUCUUUCAGUUUGCUUGGUGCGUGCUAUCCUGGUUUGUGGUCCUUGGACUGAGCCGUGAAGAGCAGAAGCCAGCAGAAGGAGGCAAAGGCAGAUUUAGAUAUGUAGUCCACGGAUGCCACUUCUGCCGCCUGACGGUGGUUAGCCUUGUCAAUUAACCUGGGCCACACUUGACAUGAUGUGUGUAAGCCUUAAAAUGGCUUAAGGGCUGUGUUCACAUUGGAUAAUGUUCUGUGACAUAUGCUCUGCUCACUGGAAAAGGUGUGAGCAUCAGCAGAAUCAAGUACAAUCAUAAUCAUAAACUAUUGAAAAAUCCAAAGAAAUAAUAGGUUAUGAAAUCAGAGAUGGAGCUCUUUACUUUCAAGACAAAUCUGCCUGGCAAAUUAUCUGGCCAGUGUAUGGAAAGUACUGUUUCCUUUUUUUCAAGGGACAAUUUAGUCAGCCUGUGGGAUACGGUCUUUCAGUGACAAUAUUGCAAAGGUACAAAGGCAGAGGCAAUUUAGUAGGAUCCUUCUAUAAAAGCUGAGCAAACUAAAUCUUAAUGUCCCGAAAGCAAGUCUGCAAGAAACAGAUCAUUCAGGUGUGUGACUUCGGGUAGGCCCUCUUGUAGCCCAGAAUGGGAGACCCGCCAUCGAUACAGAAAGCACGCUUUAAUUGUUGACGGGGCAAAAGCAAAUUAUUCCCCGGUAUCGGCAUGGUAAAGAAAACAGUAAGCCAUUCUCGAUACUACCACUUCUACAUCGCCCGGAUCCGGAUUGAAAUGUGGUAGGUCCACACCUCUAGCCUAAUUAUAGUUUUGCAACUAUUCCAUUUAUAAGUAAAAGAUUUUUUCAGCAUUCUAGGCUUAUGAUUUUAUGGCUAACUUUGUUUCUGGGAGUAGUUGAGAGAAGAAAUUCUACAUCAGCUCCCAAAAAAGAAACCAGCUUUAUUGGUCUCCACACUUGGCUGCUCUCAUUAGCAUCACAUACUUGAGGGUGAACUAGGUUUAAAACAUGGGGCUUUAGCAAUGGAGAUGCCAGAAAGUCAAAGGAUGGGAGGCUUGCCCAUCAGAAUGGGGAAGAAAAAUAAUACAUAAAAUACACACAUACAUGCUUACAUAAACGGCCCAAUAGUACACGGUAGCACAUAUUCAGUAUGAUGAGAAGUAUAGACAGUAAUUAAUGGGAGUCCUGAUACUACAGAAGGCACUGGCUGCUGGGAAACUGGGGAAAGCUUGGCUAUGGAGGUGGGGCUUGUGUGAGGCUUUGAAGAAAGAGCAGAAUGCCUGGCUUCCUACCGGGAUAUAUAGUAUGGCUGAGGGGGAGGACCAGGGAGGGAGUGAUGAGAAUAACAUUUGUGAAGAUGUCCAGGUGAGAAAUAAACAAGAGGGUUCAAUGUUCAAGAUCUUUCAUUUUCCCUUUAAAUUAAAAUGUCACCUGCAGCUGGUGGCAUUUCUAUUU